UCAUGCUGCUGCCGGGCCCAAAAGUCUCUCAUGGGGCCCCCCUGUACGGCCCCCCAUUGCUGCGUUCGCCAUCGCCACACUCUGCCAUAGUGCCACUUCAAGGUCUCCUCACACUGCUGUUGUGUUUUAAUUUUUUUGUCAUUGGGUGCUGGCAGCUUAUGGGUGCCUCCUAUUAGCUGCUGCCAGGCCCCUAAUCUGCCAUAGGCCCCUAUAUACCACGGCUCCUCACUGCUGCUGCGAGGUCCCAAAGUCUCUCAUUGGGGUCCCUGUACGAGCCUCCCAUUGCUGCUGUCUACAUCGCCACAAAUCCUCUGCCAUGUGCCACUUUCAGGUCUCCUCACACUGCUGGUGUGUUCCAUUUUUUGUC